ACAUUCAAUACAUUCCUAAUUGUUCCAAUAUAUACUUCAAGCCCUACAUCUUCAUUGGAACACUAUUAAAUCAUAGAAUCCUCUUACUAGCGAAGCUUCUUGUAUUCUGCAUCAUGUAUUAUAUGCCUCCCUAGAAUUAUACAAACCUACACUCUUUGAUAAUCUCGGGACUAACAUACAUCAACUCCUGCAACAUCUAAAACAACGUCCUUUUGUCAAUAUCUGCACGACAUGCAGUGCGAUAUAUGUUUCCGUACAGGCGGGCAUAAACUUCCAUUCCUUUGUCCCACAGAUGCGCGCAACCAGCUUUACGAAUUUCGAGUCCAAACCGCUGGCGUUCUCGUAGAAAAGGAUGCCCUUGAUCGAGAAAUCAGCGAGCGCUUCCCGUCGCCGUCUUCAAAAGGGAUCAAACACGAAAAUGAACCACCUUUGGUUGUCACCCAGUCAAAUUACGAUGCAUUACUCGCUGAACGAGAGAAAAUCAUAGACCGCACGAACCAGAUUAUUGCUCAUGCAGAUGAGUUGAAGGCAAAGCUCGAGCGUGCAAAGGAGGAGCGCAGCAAGAAGAAGGCCGCAAAUGAUCAGAGAAGGGCAGACCUUAUUUCAGCUUCAAGCGGAAUCGAAGCUCGGAGGACAAAGCAAAUCCAAGAUAUCGAGGGUUCUACUCGCAGAACGAAAUACAGAUGGAACCAAGCAUAUAACCUUAUCGCUGGCUCUAGGGCUUAUCUUUGCUACGAAGCUGCCAAGUUAUAUGGGCUUCAGAGAGUCAAAAGAAGUACUGGCGGAGAAGAAUAUAAAAUAGGUGGCGUCGGCAUAGUAGACUUGAGGUUGAUGAACAGUACGUGCUCGCUUUCUGAAACCAAACACAAUGCUAACAGUCAUUUACAGCCGCGAGCCCUGCCCAGAUCUCUACCUCCUUAUCUCACAUCACUCAUGUUCUCAUGCUAGCUACUCACUAUCUCGCUACCCGAUUACCUGCAGAAGUGACCCUUCCUCAUCGAGAUUAUCCUUUACCCACGAUCUUCUCUUUAGCUUCAUCAUAUCUGCAUACCAAUGUACCAUUUCCUGGAGGGACGUCCAGCUCAAGCAACAGUCCUUCCACUUCUCGCCAUGCCGAAAAUCCCAAUCAACCUAGGCCCAGACCUUUGUGGAUUAACAAGCCUCUUCCCAUAUUAGCAAACGAGGAUUCGGCAGUCCAUACUUAUUUCCUCGAAGGUGCGGUCCUCCUCGCAUAUAAUGUAGCUUGGCUAUGUAAAAGUCAAGGGGUCUCUGUAGGAGAAAAUGGUACCACAAGUUUCGAAGACAUCUGCAACAUAGGUAAAAACCUAUGGAAACUUCUCAUAGGUGAUAAACCACAUCUACAACCCACACCACGCUCGGCACCUCUCAACCCGUCUUCACCCAAAAAUCUAGACUCUGAUGGAUACAUCGAAGGCGAAGACAAAAAGAAUCACAAAGUUGAACGUUCGCUUUUGGGUUGGGCUAGUCAUGGUUCUGCAUAUUCAUUCCUCGGCAGUGCAGAAGGGGCAGAAUUCAUACGCGGUUUCAAACUUCCGCGUCCGAAUCAACUGGCUGACAAAUUGAAAAGUAAACUCAUGAGCGAAGUGGCCAAUGCAGAAUGGGAAGUUUUGAGCCAGGAUGCAUGGGCGAUGGAGGAUGAAAUGCGCAGUGAUGGGGUUGUGGUGGGGGCUAGGAAAGAGGAAUCCGAGGCAGGGACUCCUGAGGUGAAAAGGGAGCGAGAUUAUAUGGCUGGGAUGCAGAGUUUUAUGAGUAUGAGAACUGUAAUGGACGCGGUUGAAAUGGUUGGUGAAGUGCCUGGUAUCAAUACGGGAAUUGCAGAGAGGCUUUCUUUUGGGCUAACGCAUGGUGCUAAGAAGGAUAGGGGAGAGGGAAAGAGGGAUGCUACAGCAGCAAUGGCUAAGGAUAAGGAUCAAGAUAAGAAAUCUGGAACGAGUGGAUGGACGAAAUUGAAACCUCGAGGGUAAGGUAGAGUAUAUACUGUAAGCUACUUACUACUACUGGGCUUUAUUACACCUAAUGCUAUUCACGCAUUUUUAUGAGCUGCUUUGAUGUUGGGAACCUGGAAUGGAAUUUGGUUAUGGAUAGGUUUAAGGUUCAGGUUAUGGUUAUGGAUAUGGAUAUGGAUACGGAUGGAUAUGUAUUUGGAAAGGCGUAAACUACGAUAUAUCUACUUCUCCAUAUGAGAAAAGAAGGGAGAAGAAUGCUGAUAGGGCAUGAACAGGCAGAUACAUUGCAGAGAUCUUAGAAUAUACAACACAAGAUUAAAUCGGAUAUGGAUCA